AUGGAGAUCGAGCAAUGCUCGCUCACGCCAGAACAGGCCGUUCGAAGCUCUACGAAGAGGACACUUGAUCUAUUUGGCGCGGACCAUCUACUUCCCACGGUACCAUCGUCUACCAAUGGCGAAUCUAUCGGCGUAUCCUAUCGUCGAAAAGCAGAAUACGACGACGUUCAAACACUUCCCCCAUCCUUAGCAGAGAAACAAGCGAAAGCAGCCGCCGCUGGUCGGGCUAAGCGACCAAAGGCAAAAGCAGAAGGAGGUGCAGCAAGCUCAACCGCCCUUGUGAAAAGUUCGUUGUCGUCUGGUACCCAGAACGGUGCAGGUGACGCUCCAACAAGCUUGGUGAGAAGGCCGGCGGUGACUCAACAACCAAAACCCGACUGGCAUGCUCCCUGGAAGCUUAUGCGCGUGAUAUCUGGCCACUUGGGAUGGGUUCGAAGCUUGACUGUGGAGCCGAAUAAUCAAUGGUUUGCCAGUGGUGCUGGGGACAGGACGAUAAAAAUAUGGGAUUUGGCGACGGGAUCGCUUCGCCUUACUCUGACUGGGCAUAUUUCUACAGUUCGAGGGCUAGCAGUGUCGCCAAGACAUCCUUACCUUUUUUCGUGUGGUGAGGAUAAGAUGGUUAAAUGCUGGGACUUGGAAACGAACAAAGUGAUUCGCCACUAUCACGGCCAUUUGAGCGGCGUGUAUACCCUGUCCUUACAUCCGACCUUAGAUGUACUUGUGACCGGAGGCAGAGACGGUGUCGCUAGAGUAUGGGACAUGCGAACGCGCAGCAAUAUUCACGUGCUUUCUGGCCACAAAGGAACCGUUACUGAGGUGCAAUGUCAAGAGGCGGAUCCGCAAGUCAUCUCCAGUUCUUUGGAUGCUACUGUUAGACUAUGGGAUCUCGCUGCCGGCAAGACAAUGGGAGUUCUCACCCACCAUAAGAAGGGCGUUCGAGCCUUGGCUACCCACCCGAAGGAAUUUACGUUUGCAAGUGCCAGCGCGGGCAGCAUCAAACAAUGGAAGUGCCCUGAAGGGGCUUUCAUGCAAAACUUUGACGGGCACAAUGCCAUCAUCAAUACGCUUUCUGUUAACGAGGACAAUGUUCUCUUCUCCGGCGGGGACAACGGGUCUAUCUCGUUCUGGGACUGGAAGUCUGGGCACCGCUUUCAAACAUUAGAUACCACUGCCCAGCCAGGAUCUUUGGAAGCCGAAGCUGGACUCAUGUCAUCUACUUUCGACCGGACCGGUUUGCGAUUGAUAUGUGGUGAGGCGGAUAAAACAAUCAAAAUUUGGAAGCCGGAUGACGAAGCUACCCCAGAAACACAUCCUCUUGACUGGAAGCCUACACUUGGAAGGCAAAGAUAUUGA